CCUGCUCAUCGUCGGCCGACGGCAGCUCGUCAGUUGGCACUUGGGCAAUCGGCAGGCACGGAGGCACACGGCCAGGACUUGCCCACCACUGACUGUCACAAACAGUGGCACGCAAGCACUUGCUUCAUUUAACAGGGUCUUCUCCUCAGUUGGUACCACCCAGUUUGGUGCCAAUGGGCAAGAAGAAGAACAAACCUGAGGGGCCAAUCAAGUCGCUGAAAGAUGCUGAACAAGCAGUUUCUUCAGAUUACAUUGGAGGAGAUACCCUGGAUGAACUGUUGUCUAAGCUUAUCAGAAGCGUUGAGGUUGCAAAAGCUUCAAGGGGAGGAUUGCCAGAAAAGAUAUGGAUGAAGCAACAAUUUUGUGUCGGGGUCAAUGACGUGACAAGGGUCCUUGAGAGAAUGCCUGCUGCUGUUGCUUCGCAUUCUGGCUGUUCUAGUGAGGCACCGACCCACAAAGUUUUGCGGAGAGCUCCUUUGGUGCCACUUCAGGCUGUCCUUAUAGCUGCUGAUUGCAAUCCCAAAUGGCUAACAAAACACAUACCAACCCUGGCAAGCACAAGGCAAGUUCCUGUAUUGUGCCUCAAGGACAACAGAGGAAGUUCACUGAGGUUAGGUCAAGUGGCGAAUGUCAGAACAGCGCUGGCCAUCGGAAUAAAGGCCAGAAACAGCAUAAUCAACAAGAGCAUUGACGAAGUGCUAAAGGGUAGUAAGCUGGUCGCUGAUGAACAGAAAAUUAGCGCACCCAUUCCCAUUUCCAGUCCCAGUCCCAGUCCCAAUCCCAGUCCAGUAAACAUGAUGGGAUAUAUGUGAACCUCUGUGUCCUCAUCAUUCCAGGAGCAUCUUGAAGUGAGAGGGUUUCCCAAGGAGAUCAAGUGUGUUGCUGAACUGUAGCAUAUCAGUCUAAACUUCAUUCUGGGUAACAUCUUAUGCUGCCAAUACUCCUGAAAAAUAGGCAUGUGGCUGGUCUGUCAGUUUGGUGUAGGCGAUGAUGAAUGCCUGUAACUUUUUCUGUAAUGCCGCAGUCUGCUGCAUUGUUGUUCAGUUGAGGCCUCUGCUUCUGAA